AGUUUGCAGAGCGUAUCUGGUGCGUUGUUGUUGUGCUGCUCGCGAGGGGAAUCCAAUAACUAUACUAUGGGCUGUAUGCUGGCACGCCAAAACCAAGUUAACAGAUUCAAAUAGUCGGAGUUCGAAGCGAAGGCCACUCGAGAAGCGGCGGUUGAGCGCGAGAAGCAGCGGGCCCAGUGCAGAGCGAGCUACCGCUGUUGUUAUUAUUUGUUUUCCGUUACCGUUUUCAACCGCUGUGCGGGAGUGCGUGGUGCGUGGUGCGUGGUGCGAUACCGAAGCAGGGAGGAGGAAGUGAUUCGGAAGUGAAAAGAGGGGCCAUGACAACGUCGACGCUCAAGCCAGCGGGCGGCGAGGAAGUGCCGCCGGCGGGGGUGGUGGGCGGCGUCGGCGACGUGGGAGUGGCCGCCAGCCUGUCGAAGCGCGACUCCGAGGAGGAUACGUGGGCCUCCAAGGGGUACAUAAAUCCGUUUGUCCAUCGCCUCGAAAUCGACAGUCACAUUGAGGUGGCCAAGGUCUAUGUGCUGACAGUGCUGCUGCUGCCCAUCCGCGUGGUGGGCUGCGUCCUCUCCCUGAUCUCCGCCUGGAUGUUCGCCUGUAUUGGACUCUAUGGAUUGACGCUGGAAGAUCUCAAGGCGAAACCCCUCACCGGCUGGCGCAAACAAGUGCAGUGCAUGACGGCCUGCGGCAUGCGCAUGGUGUACACCUUCGGAUCGUUCCACUACGUGACCAUGAAGGGGCGGGCGGCGACGCCCAAGGAGGCGCCCAUUCUGGUGGUGGCUCCGCACUCCUCCUACGUGGACUCCAUCCUGGUCGUGGCCAGUGGCCCGCCCUCGAUAGUGGCCAAGCGGGAGACGGCGGACAUCCCGCUGCUGGGGCGCAUCAUCAACUUCGCCCAGCCCAUCUACGUGCAGCGCGAGGACCCCAACUCGCGCCAGAACACCAUCCGGGACAUCGUGAACCGAGCCCGCUCCUCGGAGGACUGGCCGCAGGUGGUCAUCUUCGCAGAGGGCACCUGCACCAACCGCACCGCCCUCAUCAAGUUCAAGCCGGGUGCAUUCUACCCGGGAGUGCCGGUGCAGCCGGUGCUCCUCAAGUACCCGAACAAGUACGACACCUUCACAUGGACCUGGGACGGACCUGGAGUGUUGCGCCUUCUCUGGCUGACGAUGACGCAGUUUUACAACCGGUGCGAGAUCGAGUAUCUGCCCGUCUACACUCCAUCGGCGGACGAGGUGGCCGAUGCCAAUCUGUAUGCCAACAAUGUGCGCGAGGUGAUGGCCAAGGCCCUGGGAGUGCCCACGUCGGACUAUUCUUUCGAGGACGUCAUCGUGAUGAGCCGGGCUCGCGACAUGAAGAUCCCCUUCCCGGGCGACAUAGUGGAGAUCGAGCGGACGAUCGAGAAGCUGGGCCUGGUGGAGAGCCAGCGGGACGCGGAGCUGUGCAAGGGCUUCCUGCGGCUGUCGAACACGGACCGGCUGGACAUCAUCACGUUUGGCGAGCUGCUCCAGGUGGAUCUCAAGGACGUCAAUCUGCACAAGCUGUUCUCCCUGCUCGACCACCGCCGCACGGGCACAGUGAGUUUGAAGAGCUUCCUGCUCUGCUCGCUCUUCUGCAAGCUGAAGAACUCCGAUCUGUUGACCUUCCUGCGGGCCCUCAUCCAUCUGUAUAGCGAAUCUAGUCAGCAGAUCGACAGGGAGAGCUUCGUGCGAUUGAUGAGACACGCUGGCGGCAAGCUGAACGAACAAAAGGCCCAGGCGCUCUUCUAUGCGCUGGACACCGACAACCUGGGCUACGUCUCCUUCGAUUCCUUUGUUGAGCACACGGAAAAGCAGAAGUCGAGCUAUAAAUUCCUCUACCACAAAUCGGAGCACAUACGGCGACCGAAGGCAGUCACCACGCCGGCCAACUGAGUACGUGGAGCACCUUUGGUGGCUCACCGGAGGUGGAGAAAGUAUCCAGAAGACGAGGAGUUGCAACCAAGAGAAAACAAAUAACACCCAACCUAAGCAGAAAGUUCAACUGUCGAGUGUAUAUUUUUAAUAUUUAUUUAUCGAGUAGCGCGUGUCCUGGCACCCACAUAUAUAUAUUGUAAUUAAUGUAAUUUCUAUUAUUAUUACCAUAGUUUCCAGCACAGAGAUCCGGAUCUUAUUGCGCCCCAGCUUUGUUAUUAUUCAUACUCGGACUCUAAACGCAAGUCAUUUCAUCUUUGUGAUUCUUAUUUUACACACCUACGUUAUAUAUACACUUAAAUACUAGAGCAUAUAUAAGCAAGUAUGUAUCUUAUGUAGAGGCGGGAAGGCAAACCUGAAUAUUUCCCAAUUUCCCUGGCCAAAAAGAGAAUCCACAAAGAAUUGUAUGGCAAGCCAUAGGUUUAAGACAUAACAGCAGACCCAGCCAAUGAAGCUCUCCAUCGAUCCCACUCACUAGGACACCACCAAGACCUCACAGAACAAUGGAACUGCGAUCGAAAGCGGUCAUAACCACCACCACUGACCAACCAAAACUGAACAACCACCAAGCACACUAAACGAAAACCAAUUGUAGUCGAUAAUGAUCGAUCAGGGAAGACCUUUCUUCACUAUGUCACCCAUGCUUUCUAAAACUACCCAAUCUCAACUAAAUUUGUAAGAAACGAUCGCUAUAUGAUCUAUUUUAGACUUGCUAAUCGCCCACUUUAAAAACCGAUUGUACAUAAUGUCUUAGGAAAGACAAGAGAUUGUAAAACUUUCGAUUACUUCUCGAUCACUCUUGCACUGUUUGCCUAAUUUAACUUUGCUGAAAUUGAAUUUAAGGAUCUCUGAUCUGUAGAGUGCACCUUCAGGUCCAUAGUUCCUCAGAGUUAUCGAACAUUUCUUGUGCAUUUGCAACCCACACGGCCAGCUUGUCUCGACUUUACACACGGAGAGCAGAGACCUACGUAGAGCACAGCCUGUACUUAAGUCAAACACCUUGGGCACACCCCACUUCACACAGAGUCUGUUCCAUCUAUAUACUAUUAAUUGUGGACACCAAGGAACACCAGGUAUUGUGUAAGGCGUAUCUGCCGCAUUCAACAGAAAACCUGCUCUUUCGAAAUGACCAUUACGCUUUCGAGAGGGCAGACGGUUAACUCCUCCGUAGUUUUACAUUUUGAGAAGAUCUAACCCUAAGCUAAACCAUCUAAUUUAUGUGCUAUUGUAAUAGAUAUUAUUAGCGCCCUAAGCCAGCACCGAGAGCAAACCCACAUCGGCUGAGAAAUCUGCUCAAAAAUAUAUGUGUGUACGAUUUUAAACCCA